AUGCAGCAGACGCAGGUCUCGCUGGAUGAGUGGCGCUACCAGCAGCGCUUAAAGGACGCAGCUCGCCACAGCUACAAUUUGCAGCGGGACUUCCCCGUGGAUCUGCUCAAGCCUCCGCUGGCCGCCCAAGCAUACUACACGGGGCUAUCAGUGCGUCAGGAGGUCUCCGAUCCCGAGCAGCUCAGCUUUGACAAAUACCGACGACGUCUAGAGGAAUAUAACCGCGAGGAAUACGGUCCGUCGCCCAAGAAGAAGCAAAAGGUGACGUUCGAGAAGGUGGACCACGCACAGGAGCAGAGAACACGCAAUCAGGCCAUUUUCAGGAGGCUACAGAGCGAACUCAGAGGGCGCAGCGAUCGUCGUCGUACUGGCGGUGCAUGUAGUCUCGGUAUGAUGGCAAAACGCUCCGAUAUCCAGGAGCACGAGCAUGUAGAGAUCGCCAAGGAAGAGAAUGGUGCGGAGACGGCAAGUGACAGCGAGUCAAAGGAGGACACUGAGUCUUCGGAGUCUUCCAAAGACGAUGAGAAGAAUGCGAAGCCAGUGCCGAUUGCCACCAACGGCACGAAGAAUGAAAUUAGCAUCACAGCUCAGGCUCGCGAAGAGGAAAUUGCUGAGCUGGAAGCGACACUACGCGCUCAGCAUUUGUCACGCACGUCCGAAGCUGAUCGACUGUUCUACAACCGCCUUGCGGAGCGGGAGGCAAAUACAAUUUUGGAGGAAGUGCUGCUUGAAGAUAUAUAUGAUAUUGCCGAAGACGUGUUCGAUGAGGAAGAAGAGAAGCUGCGCAACAAGGAGCUACCACCGGAACUUCUCGAGAUUGUCGAGGAUGCGCUGCACGAAGGCCCCAUGGAGGAGGUGCUUAUCCAGAAAUACAACGUGGACAUCACACGUCGUCAUUUGCAGUGUAUGCUACCGAGGACGUGGCUGAACGACGAGGUGAUUAACUUUUAUUUCCAGAUGAUGAGCGACCGCGAUGAAGCUCUUUUUAAGGCUGGUGUUCUACCCAAGCGCAGCCACUUCUUCAACUCUUUCUUCUAUACAAAAGUGUCGGAGAAUGGCUACAACUUCAUAAAUGUCCGUCGAUGGACACGAAAGAUUGAUUUGUUUGCCAUGGACAAGAUUUUUAUGCCUGUGAAUAUUGGCAACAUGCACUGGUGUAUGGCUGUCAUCUUCAUGACAGAGAAGCGCAUCCAGUACUACGACUCCAUGCAUGGGAGUGGCGCUGCAUGUCUAAAAGUGCUGUUGAGGUAUUUACACGACGAGUCCGAGCACAAGAAGAAGCAAAAAUUUAACGACGAAGGCUGGGAGCUGGUAACCACCACGCCCGACACGCCUCAGCAGAACAACGGAUCGGAUUGCGGUGUCUUCUCUUGCAUGUUUGCCGAUUACCUGUCGCAAAACAAGGUGCGUUUGGCUGGUGAUGACGUAUUCACGUCGAGAUUAAUUUGCCGCUGUCGUUUGUGCAAAAGGACAUUCCGUUCCACCGGCAUCGCAUGA